AUGUCGAACCUGGUUCCAGCCAUGAAGAAGCGCACAAAUUGGGACUCCGGUUACGAGGUCACCCGGCCAGCAGACGGAGACUUGUCUCCGAAGCCAGCGGGCUCACCGAGUACUGGCACUUGUUCAAGGCAGUUGGGUCUACUCUACGGACAUCGGGUUCGCAUCUUAGUUGAGACACCGGCAACAUGGAGGCAGCCUGCUUUGCGUGGCAUCGCUCACCGAACCGGCUCCAUCAUGGCGAAGCCCCAACCCGUACGGCCAAUCGACAACGGCAGAGAUUCGAAACGCCGGUCCAGGCGAAAUCUCUGCAAGUUGUCCGAAAGGCCAACGGUUGUAUGCCUGGAAUGGGAUACGAAGAAGAACCCGCUCUUGUCUCCCAUCGUGACCUACAACACACUACAUGCUGACGGGUCCGAUACGUUAGCACUGCAGCUAAUCCAGUCCGCUUCAGCGUUUCGCUACAGCGACACUGGCGACCCUUUGCAGGCCUAG